GGGUGGGGUGAGCGGGAUAUUACUUUGGUCACGCUCGGUACUGAAGCGUGUUUCCAAGUCGGAUGUCUCCUUUGUGGACUAUCUCUGGCAUGUGCGUAAUGGUGAAGUGACGUCGUGUCCCAGAAUGCAUUCUGGUAAACAGACAUGGAAGCACCUGGUAAAGACCUCCACAGACAGUGAGCAUUGCAUUCGUUAUUUUUUCUCGAUCUCCAUACUUUAUUAUCCGCCACAUUCAACAGAUUUGAAUUGGUCUGUCGUCACAUUUGGAUCCCCCACGUCCAGGACUUUGAGGUCUACUGCUGGUUAGCUAGCGAACGUUACAUUCACGUCAAGAAAGCCAUCCAAGAACACUCCACGGAGUUUAACAUGUGGAUAAAGAAGGGUGGUUAUUGGAUAACACUGGAAGAUCUUCACUUAGCAAAGAGCAUAUGUAGGAGCUUGUCCUCAUCAAGUUCUAUAUCUAUUACAACUGAUAAUCCAUAGGAAAAUAAACCAAGAGAUGUGAGUUGUUCUGCUGGUCAACCCCAUUGCUUUGUUGAGAACCCCAGCAGCUGCUCCAGGAGACCACAGCCUCCUGUCUUUCAGAUGCUGCUGACCUAGCUGUCAAUCAUCCCAAAGGGGAUACCAGCUGAUGAACGGUCUCCAAAGUUGAGAGAAACUGAAGAGGAAUAUGACUUUUUUACUCAUUGUAGCUAUACUGAUGACCAUGAGGGUCAACUUAUCCAUUGUUGCUAAACUUUGUUCAGUCCCAUUUUCUGGCAGUUUUACUAGAAAUGCAGUUCCAGAGCUUGAGUAAGGGAUGCUGGGUCUGCCAUACAGUGAAAGAUUUCUUCCACAUCCACUACCAACGAUAACCCAAACCAAUGAGGUUCUACUGAUCCAGUUAAGAUUGAGUUCCCUUUUCCACAUUUGACAAGCGGAAAGAAUGUCGGAAAGGGCCGAUGAUGACGUCAGGGGGGAGCAGCGCAGAACGGCCAGGCUGCUAAAGCAGCAGCAGAUCCAACGGGGAGAAGGCUCCACAGCAAUGGCGACUGUUGCGGAGCGUAGAUCCCUGCCUAGUCCAGAAAUAAUGUUGGGACAGCCUUGGAGCGACUGGGUCGAUGCUGCCAAACUCCACGGCAACGACGGCGCUGAAUCAGAGGAAAGUUUGAAAGAGUUGGGGAAAAAUCGAGAAGCCAUGCGACUGUGCAGAGAUGAUAUGCCCAUAUUUGGUCAGUGUCCAGCGCAGGACGACUUCUACCUGGUGAUGUGUAGUCACUGCAGUCAGGUGGUGAAGCCCCAGGCCUUCCAAGCACACUACGAGAGAAGACACAGCUCGGUCUGCAAACCCCCCUCUAGUUCUCCAUCAGCCUUCCCCUUGUCUGCACAGUCUCGGAACCGGAGCAGUGGUACGGGGACUGGUCCUGGGCUGGGGCCGGGGAGUGGGGGUGUGGGUGGUGGAGUCCUGGGCCGCACCUCCUCGGGGACCAGCUCCUCAUCCAACUCCAGAAUCCUCAAACCAGCCAAAGAGAAGCUGCCAGGCAUCCAGCGGAGACCUCACUUCCCUCCGUUCAGGGUGAUCAACGACAAGAUCCUGACCCCCGCGGUCAAAGUGGAGAAAAUGCAUCUGAAGGUGGAUUCGUCGGCCAAGCUGGUGCAGGCGCCCUCGGCUCCCCUGUCCUCCUCCUCCUCCAGCAGCACUGUGAGCUCCUCGUCCCCUCUGAAGCCAGGCCUUAACUGUCCCUCCAUACCAAAGGCUCCCCUGCUGGCCCCCGGCCAGAUCCCUAAUGGCAGGAGCCACCUGUCCCUCUCUGCCCUGGAGAAGAAGCAGGACAACAGUAGCAGACGACACCUAUACAAGAGGCUGUCAGAACGGGAGUUUAAUCCAGAUAUCCACUGUGGGGUCGUGGAUAUGACAGCACGGAAGCCAUGCACACGAUCUCUAACAUGCAAGACACAUUCCUUAAGCCAGAGGAGAGCAGUGCUGGGCCGGAGGAAGCGCUUCGACGCACUGCUGGCCGACCACAAGAGCAAAGCCCGGGAACGGGAGCUGCAGCACCCCCUGUCCCAACAGACCCCCUCUCUCAGGGAGCCCCACCCUUCCCCGUCCCGGCUCGCCCCGCACCACGACACCCCACACCCGGUCGCUCACAGCAAUGGAGCCGACGCCACCAAGCCUUUGGCGCUCGGCCCGCCCAACCCUCCCCAUCCUGGUCUUCCAAGACUCAACAGCAGUAUCUCUCACGGAGGUGGGGGUACCCCGGGGGAUCCCUCGUCAUCCCACGAGCCACCCCGCUCCACGCCUGCCCCCGACGGGGGCUCCCGCCUGUCCAGUGACGAGGGGGAGAACGAGGAGAGGGAGGAGGGCACGGACAGACUGGACUGUCACUAUUCAGGUUACCAUCCCCGGCCGGCAGCUUACUGCACCUUCGGAAGUCGUCUGUUUGGGAGGAGCUGCUACUCGUUUGACCGGCGCUGGGAUCGAUUGCGAUGUGCUCUAACCGCCAUGAUGGACAAGCAUGUCAAUACUCGGCUGUGGAGGAAAAUCCCUUCGGCCUUGGAGAACUCGUCGUCCUCUUCUUCCUCUGCGCCGGCCCACAGGACAAGCACAACCUCUCUGUCCUCGUCCCAUGGAAGUGGCCCUGCCUCAGGCUUCCUCAGCCCCAUGACGGCGCCCCCCCCGCCUCCCUACAGCCAGUCGUACGACAGCAGGUCUGUGCUCUCGUACGGGACCACCUUAAACGCCCGUGCCUCCAGCGAGGGCGUUGCCGACCCCCCGGCCUACAGCGCAGCCCAGGCCAGACAAGUGUCUUCGUCGCCCCAGAUGCCUUCAGCCCACUCCUCCGUCCCCUCCCUGGCCUCGGCGCGGCCGCUCAAGUCCAGAUCCAGCGGCAAGUCGUUCCGGCCGCGGGAGUCGUCGUCGUCCUCCACGGCUCCCGUGACCCCCCCGGCCAGCGGGGGCGGCGGCUGCCUCAGCUCCGGGAAGAAGAGGAAGAACAGCUCCCUGCUGACGGUGUCCCACCCCACAGCCUACUUCUCAGAGUCCAACACCACCACCUCCUCCUCCUCCUUCAAAAAGAACUGCUCGGUGAACAGUGGCAGCUCAGGGAGCACGUACCACCACGCCUCCUCGCUGGUCCCUUCCUCCUCCUCAUCAUCUAACAGCGGUGUCCACAGUCUGGGCCUUAACUGUGGCCCCAACGCCAGGACCAACUCGCUCAGUCUGAAGGCCGAGCCCUCGGGGCCAGCGGGGGUGUCGGGCCCCGUGGUCAGAGGCCCCCCCUCGGGAAGCCCGGCCGAGUCCAUCAAGCGGAUGAGCGUGGUGAUGAACAGCAGUGACUCCACCCUGUCCCUGGGGCCCUUCGUCCACCAGGCCUCGGAGCACCACGUCAGCUUCGGCCACGGCCACCCUGACGGCCGGCUGGAGGGGAAGAAGCGCAAGAGUUCCCCCGCCGCCUGCUCCAUCAACAGUGGGGGCGGAGGUUUGGGCGGAGGGGGGGCGGUGCUGGGCAGGCCCAAAGUGGCCAAGUCCCCAGCCAUCAACAACAUUCACGGCAAACAUGGACGCACUGUCCCAGGAGCCCCGGGACUCCCCAGCAACUCCCUUAUCCAUCAGCCAAAGGCCCGCCCCUGACAGCGGUGGCCGGGUUCUCUGUUUGGAACCGAGAGGUGGAUGAAUAGGGGGCGACCUGUGUUCUGCUCCGGACUGCAUGCAGCCUUCUAAUGCGUUUCUCUCAGCUUCGCAUGAUCCUCAGGGUGGAGACCAUCCGGACAGCCCAGUGACAUUGUUGUCUGUCAUACAACUGUUCCUCCCAAAGCCAUGUAGGGGGUGCCGUGUGGAGGUGGGUCAGAGUGGCGCCUGACUGGGGGGGGGUUCCUCGUCUGUUAGCCUUGUGUUGAGAUGGGUGUCCCUGCGGAGAGAAGCAGCCGAGCCCCUUGGACUUCAUGUUACAACGCAUACAGAGGGAGGGAGAAGGGCCGGCACAACGACACUGGCCCCGCCCACCUUCAUGACACAGAACCACUGGGCGUGAGCAGCAAUCCCUAACCCCUUGGUUUCCAACUAUUCUGCGUGCACGACUGACGUCCGAUUCUGACGGACUACUGGAAAUUCAAACGUACACCUCGACGCCUGAACUCCCAAGCCUUGUACAGACAGGGCAGGAAGAGGAAAACUGUCAUUUGCAAACUUCAAUCAAAAUCCAAUCUCUUUGUGUUUCUUUUUAUCCUUUCACUACAUUCUGUUUGUUUGAAUCGUUGUGACGUCAGGUUAUGUACAGUAGCCAGGAUUGACAUGAGAAGCAGUCACUUCUCUGAGUUUCAUACAUGACCCAAACAAUUAUGCAAGUGUUACUUUUUUCUGUUUCGGUUUUGUCGACGACUUGACUACGAACGUCUGUGUGGUGAAGGAGGUGGGGGGAGUCACUUGUGCGUGCAUGCAUAUGUGAACAAGGAUGCCUGAAAUGACAACAUGAUUGAAUGGCUUGAACCAGGGAUUACUUGCCUUGAGGACAAGUGUUAAUUCCUACAAUCUUCUCAUCCUACAAAUGAACAACCACAGUAGACCUAGCCCUUACUGUGAACAGCACUAAAACAGAAACCCACUACUUGCCUAGGACAUUUAAGUCAUGCUUAUUUGCCCCCAAAAGCUAGCCAAAGGCAAUCAUCUUUCUCCCACCCUUGUCGCAAAACACUACCCCAGCUAUGGCUAUUAGUGUUUCCUUUCCGGUACCUUCCGUAAUGUCACAAUACAGUGUUAUUGUUUGUGAGUAGAGUACAGCAAACGGGGGACGUCCUCAGGAUGUCCGGGGGACCAUGACACCAGCUCCUGUUGUAGCUACUAGUUUUUGUUGGCAAGGGGGGGUUUGUCAUGACUGAUAACACUGGUUUGUCCUUUGUCAAGCAUGGAGUCUUUAACCUGGCAAUACUUCCCCGUCUGGCUCUCUGCGAUAAGACCAUGCCCCUUGGACAGAAUUUGAGGUUCUUUUUCCGGGCGUGAGAUUCUUGGAGAUGUCUUCAGAGUAUGUCACUACUUUUUUGUAACUCAUGUACAUUUCGUAAACUCCACUGAUGUCAGGCAGCGAGCGUAGCCGAGGAGCCGAGUGUUUUGUAUCUUACUUUCGCUUUUUCUUGUAUGUAUUGAACAAAUAUCGAAGUAUCCCUAUUUCAGAAUACAUAUUUUGCUAACGAAUUGUACAUAUUGAAAUAUGUAUUUUUGCACAGGCAUUUUCUUAUACACAAUGUUUUGGUACAGUUGAGAUCAUUAUUAUUUAUUUAGUAAAUUAAAUAAGUUUAAGAACUUAACUUAUUUGAAGUGGUUCACUGCCAAGUCUAUAAUGCAAUACACCUGUAACUAGAGGUUGAAGCAUCUCAUGAAUCAUGUACUGGGAUUCUUUAAAAGGUGAAGUGUUUCCACUGUAGCAUGUGCUUGUGUGACAGAAAACGUUUUGUUUUUAACUCUCCAAGGUCUCACUUGGGCUUUUUACUAUUUUCAAGUUGCCUCUGAAUCAACAAAAAAAAAAUCAUUUUAUGUGACCCAAAUAGCCUGUGAUUCUGAAAUGCCCCGCAGGUUGAAAGCUGUGCCUGUUGUCGAAUCGAUUUCCAUGGAUUAAAUCAUUUACAUUGUAGACGAAGACCUAACAUUUCAUAAUUGAAACACUUUCCUUUAAGGCUCUAGGGACUUAAGCAAUCAUUAAAGCAAGGAAGAUGAACACUUCAAACUGGAACUGCUUGCGUCAUUGUUGCCAAACAUAAUUUGAAGCACAGCAGUUUAAGCAGAUUCUUAGUUUGCAGCUUUUAGAAAUGCUGAAAUAAGAAAGUGCCUGAAUUAGUUUCACACUGACUGUUUGAGGACAGAUUUUUAUCGUUAUAGUUUAACGUUACUUGAAUGUUCAAAGUGUUUAAGGAGCUUUUAAAAUCUGCCUAUGAAUCCUAAAUGUGGUAAAAAUCAGAAAGCUUGUCACCAAGCUGGUAUGAAACACUUAGUGUUAGCUUUUUUUUUUUUUUUUUAUCAAAGUUUUCCAGAUAGGCAAGACGUCAGACAUUGGUGCAGCCCAGAGUGCUGAAACGCCCUGGUAGGUUAUGAAUCGUUUGUAACAGGCUAAGUGAUGUGUUUUUGUUUACCUUCAACCUCCAUUGACAAUGCUGACCUUGUUUUCCGUAUGAUGGAUAUUUUGCAAAUGUUUCAAUCAAGUACCACAGACUCGGAAUGUGAAAGCGAGACAGAACACAGCUUGUGGGAGGAAUAGAGCCACAGUACGUAACUCCUAUGUAAGAGCGUGUAUAGGUGAUUAUUUUUUUUUGUAUACAUUCAGAAUAAUUUGAUUCGCUGAACUUUUGUUUAUUGGCUGCUAUGUAAUUCAUGAACAAACAUGGUAGUUUAGAUUUACUUCAUAUUUAAAGAAAAGAUUGUAUAGUCUAUUUGUUUUGUAACAGGUUUCUGUAAAUAAAAAUAAUUUAUACAGCUAUU